GCAGUUUGCUUCAAAAAUUCAUUUGAUUAUCUUCCCGAUUGAAUGUUUAGCUGAAAUUUGGUUUGAGUAAACUAGACUUAACGAAGAAGAUGUUCAAAAAAUUUAAUAAAAAAUUCCAUCGAAAACCGCCCAAAUGGCGACGACCGGAUAGAGCCUACUAUAAAAUAGGUUAUUCGAACUUUUUAUGAAAGUUGAAGAGUUUAUUAGAUAUUUCUCCUAAAUACAAAUCAAUCUUUGACUACGGCUUUAAUACUUUAAUGGUCUUUGGAUUGCAGGAGGUGAGUAAAGGGGAUCUUUCUUUGUAAGAGCUAAGCUUUUAUUUAUUUCCAUUUGGUCCUGAUAAGUUGUUUAACUAUAUGCCUUGAUCCUUUCCUAUUACAAGCUCUGGUUCAUUCUCAGUUUUCGAGAAGACUAGGAAAUGGAGAAGAGUACUUCAAGCAAGGAUGAUGCUAGUAAUGAUCGGAACACAAAGAUCAAGGAAGGCUCUUGGUUAAACCAGUUUCGGUAUGGCUCCAAUCCUUGGAUGGCUAGAUACGUCUACGGCUUUAUGUUCAUGAUCGUAAACUUGUUGGCGUGGGCUAUUCGUGAUUAUGGCUCAAUUCUUAUGAAGGAAAUGAAGAGGGUAAAAGAUUGCAAUGGUGGCGCAGAUUGUUUGGGUACUGAAGGAGUUUUGAGAAUUAGCUUUGGAUGUUUUAUGUUCUAUUUUGUGAUGUUUCUAUCUACAGCAGGAACAUUAAAGCUGAAUGGUUGCAGAGAAAAGUGGCACUCUGGGCGAUGGCUAUCCAAGAUGGGCAUGAUGCUUGCACUAAUUAUACUUCCAUUUCUUCUUCCUAUAGAGAUCAUUUCAAUCUACGCUGAGGUGGCACAUUUUGGAGCCGGGGUUUUUUUACUAAUUCAGUUGGUUAGCGUAAUCAGUUUCAUCACAUGGCUUAAUGAUUGUUGUCACUCUAAGAAACAUGGUGAUAGAUGCCACAUUCAUGUGAUGAUAUUUUCAACGGUUGCAUACAUCAUUUGCUUACUCGGGAUCAUCUUAAUGUACGUUUGGUACACACCAGAACCGUCUUGCCUUUUAAAUAUAUUCUUCAUAUCGUGGACUCUAGCUCUUCUCCAGGUUAUGACCAGCGUCUCUCUCCACCCAAAAGUGAAUGCUGGCUUCUUGACUCCUGGUUUCAUGGGCCUAUACAUUGUGUUUCUCUGCUGGUCUGCCAUUAGAAGUGAACCGCCUGAAGAAAAAUGCAUCCGAAAGGCGCAAGGUGCUUCUUCUAAAGCAGAUGCGCUUACUAUCAUAAGCUUCAUUGUUGCGGUCCUUGCAAUUGUGGUUGCAACGUUUUCUACAGGAAUUGAUUCUAACUGCUUUCAGGUUCAGUUCUGGAAGGAUUCUGAGGUACAAGUAGAGGAGGAGGAGGAUCACGUUCCAUAUGGUUUUGGAUUCUUCCACUUUGUUUUUGCGACAGGCGCCAUGUACUUCGCAAUGCUAUUGAUAGGCUGGAAUGCUCACCAAGUCAUGAAAAAGUUCACAAUUGACAUUGGGUGGACAAGUACUUGGGUGAGGAUAGUGAACGAGUGGUUAGCUGCUUGUGUGUAUAUAUGGAUGUUGGUUGCCCCAGUGGUAUGGAAAUCCAAGCAAGCAGGCGAAACCUAAUCCCAGCCCGAUACGGCUCAUGUACCUUUAUUAGCAACCGGUACUUACCAACAAUGCAAACAUGGAUGUUCACAUAAGCUACUCUUUUGGGAAGAGAAUCAAGAGAUUACUAGGGGAGUGAUCUUUCAAACUCGCCAGUUGAGUUGACCUUUUUAUGCUCCUCACAAAUGAUGAAAGUGAUUUUACUUGUAAGCUCAUAGUUGUCAAUUGUUAUUAAUUACUGUAAUACCUAUUGGGCAGGUCUUGUUAUUGGGCAGAUCUGGUUAUUUGUAUAGUCCUCAUUCAAAAGGAGUGUUUUUUUUUGAAAAAGUGAUUUAUAGUAGGGAGAACUAUCAAAUAAGCUCU